GGAAUGUCCAUUGAGAAGGAAGAAAACAGCCCUGCACUCCUCUGUGAUUGGGACUGACUGUGUUGUUGCUGGGUGGAUGCUGCGUGAUGCUGUUGCUGCUCCUGCUCCAGCACUGUGAUGUUUCUGUUCCAGAUUGUGCUGACUCACAUUCAAGAAAAAACGAUACAUAGGCACAAUGCACUGUAACUUUUUUCCUUUCCCCCAGUAACCUCGAAAGUUUCUGUAGCUCAUGCACUAAAUGGCUGAGACAGUAGCUGUAAUACCAACAGAUGAAGAGGAGAUCCAAAAUAAUAGUGAUGAUGAAGAUCGAUUUCCUAAUCAUGAUACUGUUACGGCGUCCCUUGGUUGCUCUACCAGCCCUUCGUUAGCCAGCCUUAAUGAAGACAGGGGAAGCUCAACGGUGCCAGAAAGAUUGUCUGUCCUCUCCAGCAAGGCCAUGGCCCAGGUAAAAGCCCUGACUGGUCCAGAGGUGGCUAGUGGUGGCCAGGCCCAGAGGACAGCCUCUGGGUUGGCUGAGCAUCAUCUGACAGCUGUAGAUGUAUCAUUAGGUGGCUUGUUGUACCCUGUGGUAGUCGGUAGCCUGCAGCCUGUGGACAUUGCCGCCCUGUGCUCCAAAAGCUCGAGUUCAGAAGUGCUGCAGGUCCCAGGGGUGCUCUGUGAGGCUGGCGAACCCCCACAGGCUGGGACUGACCAAAAGGACUGCUACACACAGCAGGCAGGGAGUGGCACCAGUGGCAAUACUGCCUCUUGUAGUCUGGGCCACGUGAUUUGGAUGAAGAGCACAACAGUAAUGGAGACCUUAGAAAAUAAGAAACAAGAGGAAAAGGAGAAGUACCGCCUCCAGCUAGCUAUGUACCGACGGCUUCUGUUGUUGCGCUCCAUCAGGAGUUUGCAUAGGCAGCUGGAGCAACAGCAGGCCAGGUUGCAGGAAUGCUAUGGCACGGUAAUAAAUACCAAGAAAGAAGUGUUGAAACACAUUUGCUCAGCCUCGCCCUCACCUUCGCCGUAAUCAUGUUGCUGCACGCAAAAAUGAGCUUUGCAACGCCACCGGAGCCGCCAGCAAGCUUGCAUGCUACAGGGGCGGUGUCCUCAUACCCAAGGGUAUGUGCCCAUGUGCGCUCAGAGUAGAGAGGAAACAGCAAUAGCAGCAGAGCAAGGAGAGAUGAGAGAAGGUAAAGUGUGGGCCCCUGAAUUUAUCUGGAGGAAACCAGAGCAAGAUUGAACCUGUGCAAGAAGUUGACUCCUGAUGCACACUCAAAGCCUCAAGCUGAAAUAGAAUUUUUUUGGCAUAUAGGUUUGUAAAAAGAAAAAAAUCAUCACAAAACUGGGAACUUAGUCUGACAUCUGAUCCAUAAAGGUGGUCAGAUACAGGGUUGCUGCUUGCUGAAUAUGUGGUAUGAUGCAUCUCCCUUCUACUUUCAGUGUAACAAAAUUUGAACAGAAUGAGGGUUUGUUUUCCUGCAAGAAUACCUGAAUCUAGAAAGCCAGGAUAUUUGGCUUUCUAAAUUCAGGUAUCCUUGCAGGAAACUCAGACUUGAUCUACCUACCUAGCUGCCUGUUUUUCACAAAACUGCUAAGGCCAUUGUACAUUUGCAACCUCUACUUUCCUUUAAAAUUUAUUCGAACUGAUCAGAAAUUAUCGUGGGAGGGUAGGACAGUCAUACGCACAGGGAAACAGUACAACUGUCUAAGCCAGAUUUCCUCAGGAGAGCAAGGUAAAAACAAAGGCCUUGUAAUCUGACGUGGCAUUGGAAACCCAGGCUGGCAGCACCAGGGGAAUGUUUGAGGUCUGCACAAUUAUUAAUCUACUGCUAACUCCCAGUAGCACUAGCAUCUGCAAAUCAAGCAUAUUUUGUGCCUUACUGCUGUCAUUUAAUGGAAGUUGGUGACAAUUAGCACUUUCUAUCCAGGUGUAUUAGACAUGUGGAAAACCCUGUAGCACUGUUUCUCCAAUUGCAAAGUUAGGAUGCCUGCAGGGAAUUUGAUGUCAGUAUGCAACAAACACAGGGAAAAUGAAAGCAAAAAUAUGCAACUUUUUUUUAUGCAUUUAAAAGGCAAUAUGAGUCCCUAUUAUUGAACAACAAAUUGAAUAGUUUUAAGAUCUGAAGCAAAAUAUGAUUCAAGAAGAAAAGGUACAAAAAAUUUUCUCUUUCUAGGAUUUAAAGUGGCAUAGAAAAAUCUCAUUCUUCAGAUGUUUAUUUCUGAUCAUGCCACCUUUUCUUUUGCGGGUGUUUUUCUCUUUUAAUAACUGUUUAAGUAGAUGAACAAUCAAAGAGUUUUUUGGUGGUUUUUGUUUUUUUUUUUCUGCAUUGAAAGACAAGUCUAUUAUUAAUACUCCUAUCUUUCUAGAAUUUCACAUAUAUUCUAGAAUAUAUGUGCUAUAUAUAGGAAACUUUUUAUUCUCACCUUUUUUUUUUUUGGUGCAUAUGGGAAAGGGGUGUUGGUCUGUGCAUGCACACACACCUCCCUGUAUUCAAGAGGUUAUGAAAGGCUGGUGCUUCUUUUUUUUCUGUAGCAGAAGAAGGAAUAAUGUCUUAAAAUAAUCUCUGCUGUCUAUGAGGAGUUUGGUUGAUUAGAUUCACAUACACACAUCUGUGAGCAAGGUAUUGAAGUAAUUCAACAAAUGAAGUGCAGCACAACAUUGUCAUUAUUCCGUCUUAGUAUUUCUGUGCACCCAAAAUUAUGGAAGCCCCCUGGGUAUGCGCAACCUUAGAUAGGUUCAUUCAUCUCCUUGGGCCCUUAUGUAGCUUCUCACGCAGCAUGAACUAGUAACUUUGAAUGCAGAAUUACCAUAGAAACAUCCUUGGCAUCAAGGAGAUAUUUGAAGGAGCAUCCUCUCUGCCUCAUUUGGGGAAUUCAGGUUGCCAGAGGCCUUUAGUGGGCUACGGAAGAGAGCUGGGGGUCGCAUGAGACUGAGAAACAUUACUCCUGAGCUCUGACCCCAUCUAGCUCUCUGCUCAGCCUUGGGAAAGCUGUUCUCUCUCAGCAGUGCAGGUUUCCCAAAGAGUGCUUAAAUACCAAACUCAUCUCAGAGGUAACCUGUUCUUUCUCGACGUACCUCUCAAAAAAGAACGUUGAUCAUGGCCAACAGGGCUAUGUAAAAAUUCUUUUAUUUCCACAUUUAUCCCACCCCCCCACUAUUUCGUGAACUGCAAAAGCCUUUCUGCCAUUGGUUAAGAGUGAGUGUUAUGUGAACCGAACACAAGCAAACCACUAUUAUGUCAUCUCUCCUGGGGAAAGAAGUGUUGGAGAAGGAUCAUAACUCAAAAAUAUUACUGCAUUUUGAAACAAAAUAUCAAAUUGUUUCCUUUAGGAAGACAGUCAAAAUGAAUAUUGUUGUUAAUCUUGGUCAACUUCUUUUGGACUGAAAAAAAUUAUCUUCUAAAUUACAUUCAGGUUGACUAAUACUAUCAUGUAACUUUCCACUGAAAUAAAAUAGAUGAACAAAAAUAUAUUAAAAAACCCGAACAAACAAAACUACAAAAACCUCUGAUAAGACAGAGUAACUGCUGUGCCUCAGUAGCUGCUGAAGUACAGUAUUGUCCUGCAUUUGAUUUAAGAAUGCCCUACAUUACUGCUUAGAGCUACCUAGAGUGUCAUUUGCAUUUAAGAGUAGCUAGAAUAACAUUAAAGAAUACUUCUCACAUAAUACCCACUGCAGCAACAGUUAGUCUAUCAACCUGUCCAAUUGUAAAUUCUUUGUGGCAAAACUGUGACAAUCUUUGUUUUGUACAUUUCAUGAAAUUUCUUGAUCAUAACUAGGAUCAGUAGAUGCUUCAGCAUUAUGAAUAUUAAAUACUGAAAGAUUUGUGCAUGAGCAAUGCUGUCUGAUAGCUGGUAGGAAAAUGAAGCCAAGACUUAUUCUGUGCAUGCUCAUUCUUUCCAUCUAGUACAUUUAUGGAUACAUGCAAAAUAAAUGUUAACUGAGGAAAUAGCAUCAGUCUUUGCAACAAUUUGCUGUUUAGCUUGUGCUUCUGGUGUGGCUACUAAUAAGUGAAGUUGGACAAACCAAUUAAACACAAUAUGAUUUUUAAAAUGAGUUUGUUUUAGAAACUUGGAAAAUGUGGCUUCACAGCUAUGUUUUUUCCUUAGAUAUUUUUGUAUGUUUUGGAAGUUGAAGGCCAGUGAGAAAGUGACAGAAUGCCAUGGGUAACUCAUGGAGGUGGUUUCAGGCACACCAGGCAGAGCAACAGUCUUAGAUUUGAUGAAAGUCUGUCCUUCCAAAUUGUUCAACCUCCUUAUGUGUUUAAGAGGUUUGGUAGUUUGGAUGAAGUUCAACUAAAUUUCUCAAAAUUUGUAUAUUUAUCUAAACUCAACUCACAUAGGUCUCACAGGUCUUGGGUACUGAUGACAAAAUAAGUAGUUUUGGAAGGGCCUUUCUCCCCAUUAUCUUUCCUGUCUUCCAGAGCCUUUCAAAACAACGAUGUCCAUGAAAAAUCUUUUCUGCAAUUUGACAGUUAUGCUACCUACUUUUAUAGCAAGCUUGAAGUUAAAGGCCUGAGCCUUAAAGUCUUGCUGCUCACCUAAUUCUCAAAUGGUAGAAAAUAAUAAUGGGUUUACUAUGAAAGAGUGGGAUAUUUAAAAGGUGUCAACUCUCUUGGAAUACUUGCUACCACUAAAAAAGUUGUAGCUUGUGCCUACCUAAAACCAGAAAUCUUCAAGAACAGAAUGGAGUUAUGGACAAUUAAGUGAUGAAAUGCAUUACUGAUGUGUUCUUCCGCAUCUCCAGCAUUUCAGUUAGCCAAACUAAACUGCUGCCCUGGAGACUCUUCAGAACUGUGGUUUUGCUGUUUUUGUUGUUGACAGUUACGAGUCAGACAAGAUCAAUGGCCCACCUUAAAAUGUUCAAUUAUUACCUCUUGUGAUGGAGCUGUGCAAGGGAUUAGUUCAGUUCCUCCUUCCUGAGAUUUUCUUGUGUGUCUAUCACAUUCCCUUAUUAGGACAGUGAAGAUUUUACCAAUUUAUAGUAAAUUUAUGAUAUUGUGGCAAACUUAUGAGCCAUGCAAUAUUAAAUGCGGAUCACCCUGCAUUGUUCUUUAAACAUUGAAAAUUAUGGACUCUGGGCAUAAGCGUACAAAAGAUAGAUUUAAAGAUGAGGUUGUUUAAAUCACCCCUGGAUCAAGUAGGCUUGGAAAACCCUUUAGAGUCCUUGUUACAGUUUAUUUCUAUAAAUGUUGUAAAUCUAGAAUAUAAAUGCAUUGGAGAGCACCUUUUGUUUAUGACUGUUGAAAGAAGUGCAGUAAUGCAAAGGUGGACUUGGGAUAUGCUUGAAUGGGACCCUGCUCCAAAUGCAAUGAGUAAGGAGUAAAUGUUCCUUAUUCUUAAAGCUCACAGAUUUGGAUGAGCAUGAUUGCCAAAAACCUGGAGGCUGAUUGGAUAAUGGGAGUGACUGGAACUACAGGAAAAGAUGUCUCAGAGUUUGAUUUUUAGUGCAGCAUGGAGAAUUACACACUGCACAGGUUUUUUUCUUCAGUUAAAGAUGACCUUUUCUUUUUCUCGCUCCUGAAAAAAGGCCUUUUGGAUCAUUAGGUUAGAUGGUGCUAAAAGUUGUUUGUGUAGCUGCAGUACAUAGGAGUUGACACCUAUCUCUGAAGUUGAGUGGCAUUAGUUAUUGUUGCCAAAAUUCACACGUACAACUUACUCCUAGACCUGGUUUCUAUCUAAAUUGUAACAUACUGAAGUUGAGUGUCCUGCUGACUUUCAGUGACACUUGAACCAAGGUCAAGAGUUUGAGGUGGUAUGCCUUGUUCAAGUCCCUUCUCAAUUUUGAUUAAUUUUUAUCUCCUGGUGUCUUCAAACAAUGCCUUGUGUGGUACUAAUCUUUGUCUUUCUGGCAAAAUGUUUGGAAGACUUGAGAGAAGAGGAAAAAGGCCUUCCUAUCAGUCUCUUGUGCUAUUGAAGAAAGGGGAGGUAGGUUUGUUUUUUUUUAAUUUAGUGAAAACUUAAAGCAGGGGAGGCUGUCCUGUGAAAACACUUUUGGAGGUUUCACUUAAAUGUCUUGAAAAUAACAUUUCCUACAGCUGCAAGUAAGUUUCCUUAAUUGUAUUGUUCAUCUUUUCACACAAUUUUAGCCAAGUCUACAAAACAAACAAAAAAGUUGCCUCCAUCUCUGACAAAUCAAGUCUCUAAGUCCCCAGCCCAAAUUGACUUCUGUGUGCAUGAGUGGCAAGGCAUUCUUGAGAAUCUCAAUAAAAGUUACAUUUUCCCUUUGAUGGGUGGGGGUUGGAAAGGAAAGGGAAUGUGUGACCAUUCAUCACAGCUCCAGGCUCGUUAGUACCCAGGAACUUUCUACUCUAAAUGACAAAGAGUUUCACUGUCACCAAAGAGAAAUUGCUGCUGACCUUAGACCUCUUUUUGGAAAGUAAAAUAAUGGAGCACAGGAGCAGAGUUUGAUAUUUGACCGAAUUCUACACAAUUAUCAUGCAUGUGUAUAUAAUAAAAUUAAUUCUGUGUCUCUGCAUUGUAGCCUCCGGCAAGCAGCGUACAAUCAGUUUUGUAUGUAUAAUAGAUCACAGAGUUGUUCAUGAAUAAUACAAAUGCAUUGAGCAGAUACUA